AUGCCCAGAUCAGGUUCUUUGACGUACACCACCGAGCGUCUCGUCUGUACUUUGCAGGAGCUCAAUGACAAUGCUAGCGUGGGAGAGAUGCGAAGACGCUCUGAGAUGCCACUGCCCUGGCGAUUACGGAGGUAUGGAACUAUGCCAGGUUCAGGUGACGACGCACCACACUUUCCACUGUGGCUUCGUCGUCUAGAAGACGUAACGCGGCUACAUAGGCAUUUGAGGGCCCACAUUUGA